AUGGCUCCCAGUACGAGUCCCACUAUUCACAACUUUACCUUAAAAAAAUACUCCAAGUUUGAUCACAACAGUUGGAGUCAUCACCCCUAUCGUACAGACUUAUCAAUAACAUUUAUUGAAGCAACCACCGGAAGCACCAACCAAGAUAUAGAUAUAAUUAUACACUGGAAAGGAUCACAUAUUGAUAAAUACACUUUGUUUAUGAAUGAUAAAGUAAAGACAUCGAUUUUAGUCAAGAGUCCCAACAUCGGUAUUAAACAAUGUGUUCUGGGUAGUGGCGAUUUAAUCUUUCGAUUUCAAAUUAGUCUUGUUGAUGAUGCAGAGUUUGAAAAGUGUCGAAUGUUCUUACAAAUCUGUGAAUUAAAGCAUGCACACAGUCCGAGUGCUGUUGAAGGAUGUGUAAAACAAGACCUAGAUUUUUCAAGUCAAGUUCGAGAGAGCCCCGAAAGCUUGAAGCUUCCUUAUUCCAACGGAAAAGGUAAUUUGAAUAACAAAAGAGAUGCUUUUUUGACAAAUAUUAUGCUGUUUCUGCAGCCAAACACACCUCAUUACGGAGAUAAGAAGCUCAUAUUUGACAUGCAUCUGCAAGUACCUUUGCAACAUCAGCUUCAGUUGUUUGAGUCCCAACUGCAAACAUGCCCACAGCAACAGCUUCAACUGGUUCUACAACAACAGGAAGAAUUAGCCUCCAAGAAGGAACGUCCUAUUUAUUUUCCUACUUGCGUAGAAGGCUUGCCGUUUACACAGCCUAUAUAUCACUCGCAAACAGCACUGCAACCUCAGGGGAUUCCCUCACAAACACAACAAUCAACAAAGAAUUCAAUGCCCUUGCAGCAAAUGCAGCAUCAGUUUUUAAAUUGGCAACAGCAAUUGAUGCCACAACAGAACAUGUCGCAGCAACGCCAAAACUAUCAAGCAUCGAUACAACCACAGCAAUCUGCUCCUCCAGUGUCUCAUUUAACCUUUUCCCAACACCCACUACCUGAUUUUCAGGGCCUGUUCUUAGCCCAAAAUUCCCAAAAAUCAGUCCAUGUUUUAGAUACAUCAGUGAAUUCAGUCGAUCCCAUCCCAUUCGUUCCCGUAAAUGAUCUAAAAGAUUUGGAAUCUUUAACUGACUCUGAAUUGAGAGCACUUAUAAGCAAACAAUGUCAACUGGAUCAAUUUAGAAAUUUCGUCAAGAGAUUGGACAAAAUCAUAGAAAAGAAUAGUUAA